AUGUAUUGCAAGUAUCAAAAGUCGGAAUUGGCGGAAGUGGAAAACUCAACUAAUGAAAUGCAACUGAACGGGAUUUUCGACAGUAGUACAAGGAUUCCGAGCAAUAAGUCUAUAAAUAAACACAACGAACUGUUGAAAUCAAGUGGGAAAAUAUUGCAUAAAUUGAACGAAGUUCGACAGACCAAAGCAUAUGAAAUAAUGAAGUACGAAAUGAUCACACGUAUGAAUGCUUCAAGUGUUAGUGUUUAUCUGCGACAACAACGUUUGAAACCAAAUGAAGUACCACCGUCAGGAACGGAUGCAAUCCUCCAAAAUCACUAUGAUGGAAUGGAAAAUCAUGCUGCUACUAUCAUUCAACAAUUUUUUCGACGAAUUACUCGAAAGAAACAAAUCGAACGAACAUUUUGCACCUGGAAAUGGAUCUCAUUAACGAAACGAAUACAAUACAUUGAAGCUAUAGCGGAACGUAUGUCAGAUGGUACUGUGUCACGUAGGAUCGAUCAUUCGAAAAUCAAAAAUAAGCUUAAUGAACGCAAGAAAAUGAUGUACGCAAAUGUUGACAAUUACAUUCGACGUGAACAAUUGAUCAAGCGCAUUGGAAAUGAUCUGACGUUACUUAACGGUAUAACAAGUGUUGACGAUUUGAUGAAAAUUAAUUCGAAUAAUUUUUCCGCUCAGAAAACAAUAAUGGUUACCAGACGAAACUUUAUGUUUUUUGAUCACCUAAUUCAAGCAAAAAUUGAUACUGAAAAUUCUAAUAUAUGA